CUCUCACACACACACUCUCAUACACACACACACACACACACACACACACACACACACACACACACACCAAAACCCACCCCUUCAAGACCCCUCUGCUCCCUUACAACUUCUCUGUGUCUGUGUCUGGGGGACUUCACACGGGGGGCUCAGGACUUGCUCUGCUCUGGGUAGCGGGGGAUCAUUUCUUUCCUUCUUUCUUUCCACUUGUCUGUGGUAUUUCAGUGGAACACUACUCUCGCUCCCCACCAAGACGUUCAGAAUGAAGUGGGGUUGGGUGCUGCUGGGGCUCGUCGUGGCCUUCGGGCAGCUGUCUUGGGGCCAGAAGGGCUUGGACGUACCUGAGUACGAUGGACGGGACCGCGUCCACGACCUCAACGUCAAAAAUUUUAAGUCUGUGAUGAAGAAAUACGACGUGUUUGUGGUGUACUACCAUGAGCAUGUCGGGAACAACCGCAUCGCCCAGAAACAGUUUGAGAUCGAGGAGCAGGCCCUUGAGCUUGCAGCCCAAGUCCUGGAUGAUCUAGAUGAUGAAGAUAUAGGAUUUGGCCUGCUUGAUGAGAAGAAGGACAGCGCUGUUGCCAAGAAACUAGGUUUGGAUGAGGAAGACAGUAUCUAUGUCUUCGCUGACGACGAGGUCAUUGAGUAUGAUGGAGAACUUGCUGCAGACACACUGGUGGAAUUCAUCUAUGAUCUGCUGGAAGAUCCCGUGGAAAUCAUCGACAACAGGCAUGAGCUGAAAGGUUUCUUCAACCUUGAGGAGGACAUCAAACUGGUGGGCUACUUCAAGAAUGAGAAAUCUGACCAUUUUGAUGCCUAUGAGGAUGCAGCUGAAGAAUUCCACCCUCAUAUCAAGUUCUUCGCUACCUUCGACCCCAAGGUUGCAAAGAGUCUCGACCUCGGAAUGAAUGAAGUUGACUUUUAUGAGCCCUUCAUGGAUGACCCCGUCACCAUCCCUGGAAAACCCUACUCAGAGGAUGAGCUUGUUGACUUCAUUGAGGACAACGACAGACCAACUCUGAGGAAACUGCAACCUCACAACAUGUAUGAGAUCUGGGAGGAUGACAUCGAUGGCGAGCACAUCAUCGCAUUCGCAGAGGAGAGUGACCCAGAUGGCUUUGAAUUCCUGGAGAUCUUGAAGGAGGUUGCAGAGGAUAACACAAACAACCCUGACCUCAGCAUUGUAUGGAUUGACCCUGAUGACUUCCCACUGCUUGUCCCGUAUUGGGAGAAGAUAUUCCAUAUCGACCUUUCCUCCCCCCAGAUUGGUGUAGUGGAGGUUGAUGACGCGGAUAGCGUGUGGUUGGAUAUGGACGAUGAGGAUGACAUGCCUACUGCUGACGAACUGGAGGACUGGAUCGAGGAUGUGCUGGAUGGUGAUAUAGAUCCAGAUGACGAUGACGACGAUGAUGAUGAUGAUGAUGACGACGACGACGACGAUGACGACGACGACGACGACGACGACGAUGACGACGACGACGACGACGACGACGACGACGACGAUGAUGACGACGACGAUGACGAUGAUGAUGAUGACGACGAUGAUGACGAUGAUGACGAUGAUGACGAUGAUGACGACGAUGAUGAUGACGACGAUGAUGACGACGAUGAUGACGACGAUGAUGACGACGAUUAUUAAAAUCUUGCCAUCAUAUUCAGCAUUACCAAUACAGUUACUUAAUUAAUUUUGCUGUAUCAGUUACGAUCAACAUCUUCAGAAUCUCUUUCUUUUUUGUCCUAAGUCAUGUUGUCAGGUCAUGUUUUAUUCAUGUAGUAUAAUGUCCUAAUAAUGUCCUCCCUCAUAACAGAUUUUAAUGAACAAACAGGCAAUGUCAUCCAGUGUCCGAAUUAAUUACAGAAAGAGUACUGAGUCUAUAGUCUAAUAUUAUAGGCCUUUCAAACCUUCUAUCAUAUCAACAUUAUGAGUCUCCACUAAAUUUCAGUAAAGUAUCAAUUCCCACAAUUCUAAACACAAAUACAGUCAUUAAAUAUCAAAUAUCACAAGAGGGAGUAAUAGCUGAUUGUUCCUUUGUCCUCUGUAAAUGUGUAUUGAACUGAAUGUGUAUUCGUGUCAUUUCCUGGAUGGAUAUGUUUGCCCUGUCCUUCUCUGAUUGAGCCUGAGGAUGCUGGCAAGCAUUUCUUCCAAGUCACAGGCCUAAGCAACUUCCUUUCUUAAAUCAUUGUGACGGGUUUUGAAGAAAGAAAAAGAAAUGGCGCACCAUGCCCUACUUGUUUUUUGAGCAGAAGUGCUGUAAAUCAUCUAAAUGUUUUCUACUGAUGAAAAAAAAAAAAAUGACAACAGUAUUCUAUUUUUUUGUAAACAAAGAGAACUUACUGUGAAGUCUUAAAAUAAAUAACAGCGUGGGAAGAGA